AGCAGUAUGAAUUUUUUUGGAUUAUUAGCAGCAUUCUGUCUUGCUGAAUGUAUUCGGUGACUUCACUUUAAUGGUACGAAGUACCCGUUUCGAUAACAACUAUUUCGAUGACUACAAUGGGACUCAAGACGGCGACUGGAGUGUGGUCAACGAAACCUGUAGCCAGUUUUGCUAUCACAACGGGUCUUGUUUUCACAAAGCCGGCCACCUCAACUGCACUGCUGUCGGAAAAUCACUGAUGUACAACAUUCAGUUUAAUAUUUACCUCAUCGGAUACGCUCUUUCAAUUAUCGUUUUAAUCGUGAGUAUCUUUAUUUUACAACACUUUCGGAGUUGCUGGGAAUUUUCAGCGGACGUUAUCGAAGGCUGCGCGACGAUCUCAUAUUAGCGUAUCAGAUAUUGAGUGACCCCAACCACGUAUGCCGCCAUUUGCUGAAACUUAGCCACAACACGCAGCUCAGGGAGUGUCGACGGAAUUACAUUUCCCUUCGAGUUUGCAAACCAUGGAACGCACUCUCAGACUCAGUAGUAUCCUCUCCUACCCUGGAUGUUUUCAAAAAACGAUUAGAUGUUGCUCUCAGCUCCCAACAUUUUAUUACCUAAGCUCCUCUGUUGUGGAUUACGCCAAGCAUGUUUUCAACAGGACUAAUGUAUCAAAUGGACCUAACUCCUUACGGUGCGUUCGCAACCACAUCCAUACACAUUUUAUGUGUUCAAUACUGGUCCGAGGAAUAACGUGGAUUACAUCCGUCGUGGUGGCAGUAGUACAGCCGCAGAUAGAUAUCUUGGACAACGUUAUGGUGACACUUCGUACUUUUAUAUUGUGUGCCGUGUACAGCUGGAUGUUGGUCGAAGGCAUUUAUCUUUUGAGCAUUUUGUACUGGACACUGACGGUGCAGAAUUGCAAAUUUGUCACAUUUUGUGCAAUUGGAUGGGGAUUGCCAACAGUGCUCGCUACCGCGUUCAUAGGAAUGAAACUUCUGUUGCAGCCAAGUCUUAAAUGGGAGGACGCAAAUAUGCUAGAUCCGGAAGGCCAAGUGGUGCUGGGAUCGAUAUUUGCAAUGCUGGCGGUGAACGUUCUAGUCACUGUGCUGACAAUGUACACACUGAUGACUAACACUCAUCGUCGAGCCAUCCGAAACCUAUCAAAUCACAGCGCCGCAUCAUCUUCGCAACAACACAUAAACCGACCAUCAACGGCUCCGGAAUCACCAAACGACUGUGCGCCGCAAACUACUCCCCGGGCACAAAUCUCAUCACCCCGAACAACAUUUGGCCAAGGUUACAAAAUUAAGAAACUGAGUGAUGAACACACUGAUUCAGCAGAUUACAAAGAUGGUGAGGAUACGAACAAAGGCAUAGAUACAACGCACUGGCUUGAUCAUCGAGAUACAACAAUCAUGGAAGGCCAAAUUAAUUCCAUCAGGUUUCGAAGAACUACACUGGAACCGUGGAAGGCAUUGAAAGCGCUUUUGGUACUAAUGCCUUUACUGGGCUAUCCGCAAAUAAUAUUCUUACGCAGUUACUUUGGAACAUUUGACUGGAUCUUCGAGUAUAUCAGUGCAGUGCUUAUUGGCACCCAAGGAUUCUGGGUAUCUGUUAUAUACUGUUUUGCAAAUUCAGAAGUGCAACGUGUAUUGAAGUUUCAUAUUGCAAAGGGUAGAUGCAGUGGUAGCCUAUCUGAAAAACUGAGACGAGCUGAUCGACUUCACCGUCAUACAAAAAUUGGAGGCCCGAACAACAGUGUUAUAAUCGAACUCUCAAGAAUCAGACCCUCAAGACUGAUCUGAUACGACGCAACUUCAUAUUCUUCGUAACGGGUAGCGCCAGUUUGUGACCCCAUGUCCAAGUGGUUGGUGAGCCAUGUUGACCUUUCAUCCCUUAAACAGUACUAUGAACUGAAAAUCAAUUGCAACCUGGCUUCUGUUUUCCAAUUUUCCCAGUGAACUGACGGAUAUAGAGGAUAGAGCUGAGAGUUGAGCUGAGUAACUCACGUUGCUAAACGCAAUGCGAAAGCUUUUCUAAUCUGCAUGCUCAUGUUUUUCGGAAAUGAACAUUCCAGAGUGUAUUAGUUGUGGUUAUGUUCCAUGUUCAUACACAGUCUCCAUAUUUUCUGCAUUAUUUGUAAGAAGGGUACAAAACCCCUUGUACAGAAGCGUAUUUUUGCAUGGAAAACAGAUUAUGAUUUCAAAUUGUUCAGAAUGUUAAAUUUCACAUUGUACAUUUCCAGAUUUACUUUUAAAGUGAAACUGACGU